CUGUGUUUCUCGCUGCACAAAAACAUUCACCAAAAUACGCAAAACACGCAAAAAGGAGAAAAAUUUGCUCACAGAACAAGGCGAGCCCAAAUCCAAUCUUCCCUGCUGCAGCUCCCUUUUCCGUCUGGUGCCGUGUUCUUUGGUCCUUCCGUGCUGCCGUGCCCUUUCGUGCGUGAGUAGCCAGGAUGGGAAACGCAGGUAGCAAUUUGCCAAGGGAGCGUCAUAAAUCCGGAUCGAAUGAUCCCAUCCCGGGCUCGCCGAUGAAGGACGACCAGGCGUUCGUGUUUGACCGCAAGCCACACAUCCACGGGUAUCCGUUCGCGACGGAGGAGGAGGUGGAACCGUACGGGUACUCCAAGUCCGUGCCCGAUCCGGAGUUUGCCCGCGAGCCGAGGAAGCGUUCCAGCACCAUGUCCGAGGGUACGACCCCAUCCGAGGUGCCUGGAGGAGGAGCGGGCGGUGGCGGUGGGCCGGAUGAUGAUGCACAGCAGGAGGAGGAGCAGUCCAGUACGCUGCCGACCGUGUUCAAGUGGGACGGCGGUGGCAAGCAGGUGUUUAUUAGCGGCACGUUCUCGCAGUGGAAGGUACUGCCGAUGGUGAAAUCGCACGCCGACUUCGUGACCAUCAUCAACAUCCCGGAGGGGGACCAUCAGUACAAGUUUCUGGUCGAUGGCGAAUGGAAGCACGAUCCGAAGCUGAAAAAUGUAGAAAAUGACGCUGGCACCACGAACAACCUCGUCACCGUGCGCCAGUCCGACUUUGAAGUAUUCCAAGCGCUGGCCAAGGACAGCGAGGACACGGGCAAGGACGAGUCGAAGGAAUGGGGCCAGGACAUACCGACGGCCAGACCGUGGGGCAAGGAAUCGGGCCCGCCCGUACUGCCGCCCCAUCUGCUGCAGGUCAUUCUGAACAAGGACACUCCACUAUCGUGCGAACCGACCCUGCUGCCCGAGCCGAACCACGUCAUGCUGAAUCACCUGUACGCCCUUUCGAUCAAGGACGGUGUCAUGGUGCUGAGCGCGACGCAUCGCUACCGGAAGAAAUACGUCACCACGCUGCUCUACAAACCGAUCUAGAUGCUUGUGGCCGCGGGUAUGUGUGCGGGGGAGGGUGUAGCCUAUUCAUACCAUUACGCGAGCAGCGCGCCUUGGGCGCGAUAUCUUAUUAGAUAGGGUGGGGAGGGAACUACUAAUGGGGAUAAACCAAAACGAUUGAAAACCAAAGCUGAAUAAGCUUACACACAACGACAACCCAUUGUGUGGUUAAUCCAUCCGUUGGGGCCACAGAACACACAAACGUACACAGAUACAUUCAUCAUUGGAUUGGUUCCCGGUUGGUUGGUUGCUGUGCUGUGUGGAGGAAGGAUAAUUUGACCGCCGCGUGGAGGUAACACAGCUAAAUGUAUUUUUUUAAUUCCACACACACAGUUCGUUGAUUAUAUAUUGCGUAGUUUGUAGGUAAGACUAGGAAAAAAAUGGCUUGGAAAAAUUAACUGUAGAA